AUGAACGCAACGAAUAUUUAUUUAUUUAGUGUUUAGUGUCUUCAAUUUGUUUAUUUGUUUUUUUUUUAAUUAUUCAUUUAUAAAUGCAAUUAUGCCACAACGUUGCAUAAUUCCGGGUUGUUUUGGAGAAGCAAAUCGUUCAGUUUUUAGAGUGCCAAAGAAUAUUGAUAGACGUAAAGAGUGGUUAAAAGCUAUUCGUGAUGUGUUUCCUAACCUGGAUGUUGGUGAAAAUUUUUAUGUUUAAUGACCCCCCUGUAGAACGAAAACAUAGACGUAUCCACGUCAAAAAUAUUCCAGGCUUAUAUCGAAUUA